AUGCCAGUACCACAGGUCUACAUCAAGAUCUCUACGGCGGUCACUGCGCACAGCCCUAUUGCAGCUACCUACACUUUGCGCCGCUAUCCGUGGCGGACAUUACUUGGCAUUGCUGGACCGUUGUGUUUCCUAGGAUUCUAUGCCCACAUAUGCUAUUACUAUCUGGACAAACAGCCCAUUUACGGCAUUCUUCUAACCAGUAAGGCCGACGCUACGCCGAUGUUCUACGCCUGGUUCGUCAUCUCGAUAUUCUCCCUGGACUGGGCGAGGACUGCCCUUGCAAACUUUGAAGCUGCAGCCUUGAUGCAUCCGUGGCUUGCUCCACCCAAUGCAUCGGAGCUCUUCUGGCAUGCUGACAACAAUUGGGCAAACCCUUUGUGGUGGUUGCGAUUCUUGCGGAAUGGAAUAUGCGGCAAUCUCUACUUCAGAAAGCCUUCAGACCAGAAUUCGGCGUACAAAACUAAGGGAAAGUUCCUCUGGAUAUUGCUCAGCCUUGUUUCAGUGGUGUUCUUCAGUGCUGUACCACUCAGUGGUUUGACCAUGGAGCUCAGUCCGGUUCUCCGACCCACCUCACGGAAGUCGUCUAUCCUUGGGCCAGGACCGGAUUCGUACAACCAGAUCGGGAACCAAGGCCUUGCGCAGAUCAUAGCAGGUAUCUGGAGGCUGGGUGGAAACACAACUCCAUCAGAUGUGUCCUACUUUUUUGCAGCAGAAGGCACCGAGGAUGUAUCGCUUACGUACUAUGAGGACAUGGCACGGUCCCAAGUUGGGGGGCCCAUCACGACCUUCCUUGGUCCUGCAGUGAACGAAGAGGUGUCGGGGAUCGCCUUUGGAACGAAAACAGAAUUCUACUGUCGACAAGUUCCCAGCCGAGAUUUGAAACUCGUCGGAGCUACAGACGAUCCCUCGACGAAUUAUACGGUGAUGCUCAAGCCAUUGGAUGAAUUUCCGCACGGUAUUUCAACCUUGGGCCUAUCUGGAGUUGGUGUCUCCGACUUCGCAUGA